GUCAGAAGAGCAAAGCACGUUCCUCACUGUUUAGGUUUGGCGCGCAUCCUUGCCCGAAUGACGGGUCACAAAGAAUCUCGGGCUCGACGGCCAGUAAUGAUUGAUGACUCUGAUGAUGACAUCAUGAAUGAUGCUGAAGCUGCGGCCCAGGGCUGGGGCGUCUACAGCUCGGGCGUCUACGCUGCCGCGAGCGCUGCCGCGGCCGCUGCGGCCGCUCGCAAUCCGCUGGGCAUCGUCAAGCCCGGAGCCGGCCCCGACGUCCGCGGCACCGCUGCCGCCUCCGACUCGGAUGACGACCUGCCGGUGGGCGAGCUCGUGGCCAAGCGGCGGCGGCUGAACGGAGGAGGCGGAGGGGGCGGAGGAGCAGGCGGAGGCGGAGGAGCAGGCGGAGUGGCAGGCGGAGCAGGCGCAGGGGGAGGGGGAGGCGCAGGGGGAGGCGGAGGCCAGGCGGCAGCAGCGGGCGGCGCUGCAAGGGUACCGGCGGUAGCGGCAGCGCAGAGGCGCACCGCGGCUAGCGAGCAGGCGGCGGAUGGCGGUGUCAUUACUCUGAGCGAUAGCGACGAAGGGGAGGAGGAGAAGGCGAAGGCAGCGGGGCAGCGGCAGCGGGGCAAGGCCGGGCGCAGCAAACCGGAGGCGGCCGUCGCGCCGCGGUCUACACGACGGCAGUCUCAGCAGACCAAACAGCCGACCAAGCAGCAGCCCAAGCAGCGGCCAAAGCAGUCACCUGCUCGGAAGAGCAGGGGCGCGGCCGCGGCUGGCGGUCGGCGAGGGGCGGCCGCCGCCAAGGCGUCUGAGGACGGGGAGGAGGACGAGGAGGAGGAGGAAGAGGAGGUGGUCUCUGAGCCGGAGGACUCUGAAGAGCCGCCGCCGCCGGCCAAGCGGCAGCGCGGCAGCGGCCGCAAGGGCACGGCAGCAGCCACAGCGGCAGCUGCAGUCGGCCGGGCUGCGCGCAAGCCCACGGCCCAGGCCAAGGGCGGGGGCAGCGGCCGGGGCAAGGGCGGGGACGCGGAGGACCCGGAUUGGGCGGAGUCCGAGGAGGAGGAGGGCGCUGACGCGGAGGAGGAGACAUCCGAGGAGUCGGAGUCAGCGGUGGACGAGUCGGAAAGUGAGGAGGAGGACUUGGCGUGGAGCGCGGAUUCGGAGGAGGAGGAGGAGGAGGAGGAGACGGAUUUAAACGAUGACAGCGGCGACGACGGCGGCCGCACAGGCAGGAGCCGGCGAGGCGCCACGCUGACUCGGACGCGGGCCACACCGGGCAGCAAGGCCGCCGGCAGCAGCGGCAGGGGCAGGCGCCAGGCCGCCGCCGCCACAGCUGCAGCUGCAGCUGCAGGUUCCGGCGCUGCCCCCGAUGCCGCACAGACGCGGCCUACACGCAGCACGCGCAGCACCCGCGCGACAGCGGCACCGGCUGCUGCCGCGGCGCCGGCUGCGGCGGCACCGGCCGCUGCUGCUGUAGUGGCAGCCGGCGGCCGCCGUAAGCCGAAGCCGCCUCAGGUGAAGGAGGAGGUGGAGGACCUGGUUGAGGACUCGGAGGAGCAGCAGCAGGGGCAGCAGGAGCAGCAGCAGCGGCCUGCCCGUGGCCGGGCGGCGGCGGCGGCGGCGGCUGCACGGCGCAGGCCGGCACUGCAGUUCUCUGACAGCGAGUCGGACGGCGAGGCCGCUGGCGGCGGCGGCGGCGGCGGCGGCGGCGGCGGCGGCGGCGGUGGUGGUGGCGGCGGUGGUGGUGGCGGCCGUUCGGCUGGGGGGCAGGUGGCGGGUGGGGCUGGUGGUGUGAGGAGGGCUGCUGCGACAGCCGCCGCGCCUGCAGGGGCUGCGGCCGGGGCGGGGGUGGAAGAUGGCGAUGUGGAGGUGGAGGUGGAGGUGGAGGAGGAGCCGGCGGCGGACAGGGAUGCCGCUGCUGCUGCUGCGGUCGGCGGGCGACGCCGUCUGCGGCGGCCGGACUCCGCGCCGGUGACCGCUGGUGGUGCUGCUGAGCAGGCCGCGGUGGUGGCGGGCGGCGGCGGUGCCGGCGGCCUGUCAGCGGGUGCGGCUGGGGACCGGGAUGGGCAGGACCAGAACGUGGGGCGGGUGAAGCAAGAGGAGCACCAGCACCAUGAAGACGGCGGCGCAGCGGCGGGAACAGCAGCAGCAGGAGCAGCGGGGGAGGCGGGGGCGAGUGCUGAGCCCGGGAGCGGCCGCAGCGGCGGCUCCCGGCGCGCUCGGGCUGUGCGGCAGUCGGUCACCAGUGCCGAGCUCAAGGAGCGGGCGAGGCGGCGGCUGCUGGGGCCGCUGGCGGCAGUCAAGGAGGAGGACGGCGAGGGCGAGGGCGAGGGCGAGGGCGCGGGCGGGGAGGUCAUUGACCUGGCGUCAGAUGACGACAACGAGGAGGAGGAGGAGGAGGGGGGCGGCGGUGUGGAACCCGACCCCGGCAUAUUCGGUGUGUAUGGGUACGCCCUGCGGCAGCAGCAGAAGCAGAAGCAGGCGGCGGCGGCACGCAGCGGCGGCGGCGGCGGUGGUGGUGGUGGUGGUUCCGCCGCUGCAGGUGGUGGCGGCGGUGGCGACCGGCGGCGCCUGCGUCAGCCCGUGCACCCGGGUCUGCAGGGCGAGGGCGGCGAGGACUGGGAGGAGGCGGCACUGGCGCUGACCGACGACGAGUACGAGGCGGAGGGGGCGGCGGCUGCAGGCGGAGGAGGAGGAAGAGGAGGAGGAGGAGGAGGAGGAAGAGGAGGAGGAGGCGGAGGAGGAGGAGGGGGCGUCAACACGGGAGCGUAUGGGGGCGGUACAGGGUUGUAUGGGGGUGGAGGACGAGGAGGAGGCCGGGGCCGCAGAGGAGGGAUGUUUGGAAGCGGGGGUGGUGGGACGUGGCGCGGCCAGCGAGACGCCGACGACCCCCACGCUGCCAUUGAGGAGGGCCGCCCCUUCGAUGAUGGCGGCGGCGACGCGGCUGCUGCUGGUGGAGGCGGCGGAGCUGCUGGCGGCGGCGGAGGCAGUCGCCGCGCGGGCGCUGGCGGCGGCGGCGGCGGCAGCGGCGGCCGCGGGCGGCGCGGGCGAGCCGCCGGCCGGGUGGCGGCGGCGGAGGAUGACGGCGACGAGGAGCUCCUGAGUGAUGACGACAGCCUGAACGACUUCAUUGUGCGCAGCUCGGAGGAAGAGGAAGAGGAGGAGGAAGGGGAGGAGGAGGUGCGGACGCCUGUGCGCAAGCGGGGCAAGAGCAGCAGCAACAGCAACGACAAGAGAGACAGUCGGCGGCGCAGCAGUGGCGGCGGGCGGUCAGGUCGGGGGCGGCGCGGCGGCGGCGGCGGCGGUCCCGGCCCGCUGCUCCACUCCCCCCCUGUGGCUGGUCGGCUGCACUCGGACGAGCUGGAGAACUUCAAGCGCUGGGUGACCCCCAUGAUGUGCCGCGCGCUGGGGCUGGUCAUGUCCGGCCGCAGCGGCGAGGAGCUGCAGGAGCGCAUGGACCAGCGGGCAGCGGCCAGGCAGUUUGAGGACCGGCUGACGCACGCGCGGUACUCCACGCUGUCCUUCCACUGGGUCAACGCCUCGGUCAAACACGGCCUGCUCAAGACGCUGGAGCGCUACCCUCGCCUGCUGAUCAAGGGCCUGACGCCGCUGGACUUCUACGGGGCGGCCGGCGCGGCGGCGGUGCAGGCGGACAUUGCGGCGGAGGAGGCGGAGGACUGGGAGCACCUGCAUGGACACCUGGGCACGGACCUGGAUGCCGGCCCCACCUGCACAAUCUGCAACUCCAGUCGGGCUCGGCACCGUGUCCACUCCAUCAAGCUGGAGGGAGACCCCGUGGACCGACCCCGACCCGGCGGCGGCGGCGGCGGCGGCGGCGGCGGCGGCGCGGGGCCCUCCACCUCCGACGGCCGCGGCGCCGCUGCCGGCAGCCAGCGGCAGUGGCGGCGCAGCCGCAACUCCGACGCCGAUGCCGGGGAUGAGGGCGGGGACGAGGACGGGGAGGGAGACGAGGAGGGAGACGAGGAGGGAGACGACGAGGGAGAGGAGCAGGAGGAGGAGGAGGAGGCGGGGGGCGGCUCCCGCCUGCCAGACGAGGUGGAGUUCAGUGCGGGCGGGCAGUGUGUGGACCGGCUGUUCCUGUACCACGCGCUGUCGCACUUCCGGCGGCGGCUGGCGGCGGGGCUGACGCAGAAGCUGCACCGGGUGCUGAGGUACAAGCUGAGGGCGUACGACGACCUGGACGCCGCGACGGGUCAGGUGCGCGACUCGGUGCGGAGGGCGGCGCUGCUGACGCUGCUGGACACGGACCGCGAGCGCUUCCUGGUGAUGCUGCUGUGCAAGUACCGCGACGUCAUCGCCGCGGCGCAGCGGCUCAGCAUGAGCGAGAACAAGCGCAAGGCGGAGCGGCACAAGCCCGGCCGCGUGGUGGCUGAGGCCAUUUUCGCGGUGCACAACUCCUCCGACGGCUACGAGCCGCCCAUCCCCGGAGUGCCGCCGCUGGAGCAGGACGAGGCGGAGUGGGAGGAGGAGGAGGAGGGGGGCAGCGAGGAGGAGGGGGAGGAGGAGGAGGAGGAGGAGGGGGAAGAGGGCGACGAGGAGGGGGAAGAGGGCGAGGAGGAGGAGGAGAAGGUAGGGGCUGCCGGCCCCACACAGGCGCGGCCCGUCGCCGCGGCCACUGCGCCGGCACGUGGCACCCGCGCCGCCGCACAGGCCGCACAGGCCGCACAUGCUGCUGCUGCUGCUGCUGCCGCCAGUGCGGGUCUUGCCGCGGACUCGGAGGAGGCGCUCCUGCACGACAGCGACGCCAGUGGGGACGAACACCACAACCACAACCAGUGCAACCACCAGCAACACCACCCGCACAACCGCCAGCAGCAGCAGCAGCAGCAGCAGCAGCAGGAGGAGGAUCCCGACACGCCGGGUGCGGUCAGGCCCGGCGGCGCGCUGCAGCGCCUUAAGAGGGUCGGCGCAGGUGGAGGCGGCAGAGCGGCGGCACGUGUCCUGAUCGAAGACGACGACGACGACGACGUCAAGGCGGCGGACGGAGGCGCAGCAGCAGGGCCCGCCGCCGCCACCUCCGGGGGCGCCGCGGGCACGCCCCAGAGCGCCGCGGCGGUGCGCCAGGCCACGCGGCUGCGGCGGGCGGCGGCGCAGUCAGCGGCGGCGCCGGCAGACGGCGGUGGUGGCCGUGGUGGUGGCGGUGGCGGUGGCGGGGCGGCGACGCCCGUGUCCCGCCCAGGCGGCGCGGGCAGCCGGCGUGAGGUGUCGCCUGCAGACGUGCAGGCGGUGCUGGUGGCGGCGGCGGCGGCGGCGCGGCCUUGCUCCCCCACUGCCUCGGAGCUGUCUGCGGCGCGGCGCUACCAGGCGUCCAUCACCGACUUCUUCAAAUCCACUCCACAACCAAAGCAGCGGCGGCCCGACAGCGGCCGACAGGGCCAGAUGCAGGGGCGGCGAGGGGGCAGUGCCACUGCAGGCCCAAGCGGCAAUGGCAAUGGCGGCGGCGGCGCGGCUGGCGGCGCCGGGGCGGCUACGGGCUCGGGCGCGGCGCCACCCCUCACCCCCCGCGGCGGGUCGCGCCUGGGCCCUGGCGCGGGGCAGCCGGCACCCACAGCCGCAGCCGCAACCGCUGCCGAUGCUGCCGGUGCUGACUUGGACCAGCAGCAGCAGCAGCAGCAGCAGCAGCAGCAGCAGCAGCAGCAGCAGCAGUGGGAGGCGGCAGUGGAUGUGGUGGAUGUGGUGGACGUCGCGGACAGCAGUGGGGACGAGGGGCGGCAGGCGGUGGGGAUGGCGGCCGCAGGGGGAGACGCAGGCGGGGCGGGGCGCGGGGAGGGGGCGGCCGACGAGGCGGCAGACGAGGGUGACGGGGAGGAGCUGGCAGUGGUCGGCAGUGGGGCGGAGGCGCUGGCUCUGGCGCGGCAUGUGGCGGCGGGGGCGGCGCUGGAGGAGGCGGUGGCGGCGGAGGAGCAGCAGGGGGCGGCUGCGGCCGUGCUGGUGCCGACCCAGGUUUACGGUGUGGCGGCUCGGCCGCAGGUGGAGGUGGGGGAGGGGCUGGGGGCGGGGGUGGCGCUGAGGGCGGUCGCAGGCGUGGGCGGCGGAGAGGCGGGAGGCAGCGGCGGGCGCAGCAGGCCGGCGGCUACAGCCGCAGCCGCCCGCCGCGGGCCAGCCGGCAGUCGCGGCGCAGGGGUACGAGGCGGCGGCGGCGGGGGCGGAGGAGGUGGAGGUGGAGGGGGAGGGGGCGGCAGUCUGGCGCAGCGGCUGAAUGCACUGUCGGCGGCAGCGCUGCCGGGGCAGCAGCAGCACCAGCAGGGGCAGCAGCAGCAGGGGCAGCAGCGAUAGGAGCAGUAGGCGCAGCUAGGGUAUUGGCACUGGGUGGAGGACGUUGUAUAUGACAGUCUGAGCCAGUGACACGGCUGCAGGGUGAGGGGUGAGGGGUAGGGGUGUCGUGCGAUUGGGAUUGCGGUCAGGCGGGUGUGUUGCCGGGCUCAUGGAGAGUAGGGAGUAGGGAGUCCUGGUAAGUUUAGCUGCUUGUUAGCUGCUUGUCAGCUGCUGGGCGGUGUUGGCGCCCUGUAGCCCGGGUUGCGCCUUCCCGCAGCACCGGCGCGGUAGGGCGGAAUGCGCGGUGGUGUUUGGGGUGGCCGGUGGCGGGGCCGCUGGCUCUGGGGGCCUGACCAGCAGUGACGUCGUGGUGGCCGCAACUG